AAAAUAUAAUAAAAUUUUUAAAUAUUAUAAAAUCCUUUAUAUAUAUAAACUUGAUAUAUAAACUUUAUACGAUAAAGUAUUAAAUCAGAUUAAAUAUAUUUCCACAUAGCAAAGAAACAAUAUACUUCUUCUCCUUCACAUGCCCAUAUAGCCUCAUGAAAAUUAAUUUGUAAAGCUUUUAUUCUUCUUCUGAAUCCUCUUUUAUCGCAUAAUGGACAAAAUUCUUGCAUUAUAUAAUUUAAUUUUAUAAAUUAAAAUAAAUCUGAUAAAGACACUUCUUUCAAAAAAGUCUUAUUAUGACUAGAAUAUUGAUACUAGGUUAGAAAAUAGAAUUUUCAUAGUAUAAUGGAAGAUGAAUGAAUUGUAUACGAAGAGGGAGCAAGUGUGCAAGCAUAUUUAUAACAGUUAGCAGGAAAAAAGAAACACAUUAAAAUUUGUAAUUAUUUUAUUUUUGCCAUAAGAAUUUCGUGAAAAAAACAAAACGUUAUCGAAUUAUUUUGUUAAUUUGAAUUAAUCCAAUUUACUUAUGAUACUUGAGAAAUACUAAUUUGAAAACUCGUAAGAAAAAUAUAUUAAGAAUAUUAAAAGUAUAUGCAUAGUGAUAUCAAAAAAAUCAUGAUUACCUUUCAAACUAUAUCUUCGGAGACAUAUAAAAAGGAUCAUAAUAAGUUCCAAAUCUAUUAUGAUUUUUAUGAUGCACCUUUUGGAAGAUGUAUUAUAGGUUUAACUGAUACCGAUAAAGCUAUAUUGCAUUUUGCAUUUGUUGUUAAGGAUGACACUGAUGCAGUGAAAGAUUUAGAAAAUGAAUGGCCUAUGUCAAAAAUAAUAAAAGAUUCUAUUCAAAUGAUAAGUAAUAUUAUGAAAGAUAUUUUUACUUUGAGCAAUGAAAAAGAAGAGAAAUCAAUAUUGGUACUUUUAAAGGGAACAGAUUUUCAAAUAGAAGUAUGGAAAGCUCUAAUGUCUAUACCAAAAGGUAAAACAACAACUUACGAACAAAUCGCUCAGUUAAUAAACAAACCAAAAGCUGUAAGAGCAGUUGCAACUGCUAUAGGAAAAAAUCGAAUAGCAUAUUUAAUACCAUGUCAUCGUGUCAUGGGAAAAGAUGGUAGCAGUAAAUAUAGUUGCGGAGUGAAAUACAAAGAAAGUAUUUUGUCCUAUGAAAGUAACACAUAUUAAUUUUUAUCAAUUAUAUAAUUUACUUAAUAAGA